GAUUUGAUGAUUGUUUUAAAAAAAAUUGCUUGUUUCAAUUGAUGUUGACAAAAUUUUUUUAUAUUUUUUCAUAGACUAGGCGUUUUACAGUGUCACAAAAACUAUUAUCACUAAUUAUUCACGAACGGUCUCCAACUGCUCAUAAACUUCUUAGCGGUCUCUUCUCAUUACCCAGCGCUGGAACUCUCAAAAAAGUUUGUGAUAAGAUUAAUUUUGAUACCGGAAUAAGCUCAGUUAUAACACGUUAUUUACAAGCUGAAGGUAAACGUUUGUCAUCUUCACUUGAAAAGUAUGUGACAGUGAUUUGGGAUGAAGCUGCGACUGCUCCGCAUUUAGAUUACGAUGCUCAGAAUGAUAAAAUUGCUGGUUUUGAAGAUUAUGGUUACAAACGCACGAUUAAAUUCGCUGACCAUGUCCUUGUGGUAGCUAUUCACUCAGCAAAUUGCAGCCAAUUCAUACCUAUUUAUCAUGGUUUUUGUGAAGGCCAAACUAGCCCAGCUGAUUUGACCCGGAUUGUGAAGUUAGUAUUGGAUAAAGUUAUUGACAGUGGACUGAUACCUAUUGCAACGAUUUGUGAUCAGGGCACAAAUAAUGUCAGAACAAUAAAGAAUAUGCUAGUGCAAUCGAAUACUUCAAGAUUUAAGCAAAAAUUAAAUUCUGCCGAUACUAUCCUUUAUCGUGACUAUGAAAUUAUCCCAUUGUUUGACAGCCCACAUCUCACAAAAGGGUCCCGGAAUAAUUUAUUGACUAAAACAUUGGAGUAUAAUCAUAAACCUGUCCCAAGUCAGGAUUUCUUUAAUUUGUUCCGGUUCAUCGAUAAAACUACUCCAGGUCUUUAUCAUGCAUCAUGGAAGUACAUUGAAAAGACUUAUCGAAUUGACAAAAAUAGAACAACUGGCUCGAGAAUGACAAAACUCACAGACGAACACAUUUAUGAAAAAAAAAUACGGAAAAUGAGAGUUUUUCCUGCUGCACAAAUCAAUAGCGUUACUACUUCCAACUUAAUUAAGACUCUGAUCGAUUCUCCAGAUCCUAUCAUGACAACCGAAGGAGAGCAGAGAUUAGAACGAGAGGCAUUAUUUACUGCAGAAAUUUUACGGUUUUUUAAUGAUUUGUUCGAUUCCAUGAAUGUUUCUCCUUCCCAUGAAAAAGAUACUGCUCCGCUGCGCUGUAAUGUUCAUGAUAACAGUCCACAUCAUGAAUUCUGGGCGUACAGCAAGCAUUUUUUAACUAAUUUAAGCUUUUUGGAUCCUAAAAAUGAAAAAAAAAAAAAUUGUGCCUACAUUAGAUAAUUGGAAGCUAAAUGUAGAGGGAUUCCAAAAGUUGCACACUCUUUUAAAAAAAUAUGGAUUUAAAGAGUUUUCUCCUAGGCAUUUCAAUCAGGACGAUCUGGAGAGUACUUUUGGAUGGUUACGACAAAGAAGCUGCAAUAAAAAACCUUCCUGCAAGCUGAUUACACGUCAUUUGAGAAGUUUUUUAAUUGAUAAAGUUGGAAGAUUUCAAAUUCGUCACGGUAACACUGAAUCUACUUCUGUUGGUGAUGCUCGAGAAAUCGAUUUUGGAGAUGUUAUCUCCACAUUCAACAAUUUUUUACUUGACGUGAACUCUGCCGAUAGUAAUGAUGAACAGG